AGUUCUAACACCACUCAAGUGAAAACGACGACGUUCCAUCUUGUGUCACAAAUUUGAUACCAAAGGUAGCUGAUUUGUGUGUGUGAAAGAGAGAGGCAAAAAUGGGGAAGAUGACAUUCAGAAUAGUGAUAGGGAUUUUGGUAGUAUUGUUACUGUACUACGUCGGCCGACCUCUCUACUGGAAAAUCUCCGCCACCGUUCACGAUAUCCGCCACAACAAACAAACCGUCUCAGGAGGAUUUUCGCAAAUUGUUCAUGCAGCUCAGAAUUCGGUGGGCUGGUUCCACGAUGAGUCUGAUUCAGGAGUGCGCAAUGGUGGCAUUGCAGCAGCAAGGAGGAUCCUUCUUCGUAAGGGUCACACACGAAAGAAGGUCAACAAGAUCUACACUUUACUCUAGGGAAAAAAUGAUUUGGCUGGGCGGAAUGUUACAUUUAUCAUUGACAUUGAGAAUUUAUUUUGCUGUAUAAGUUAAGAAGGGAUUAUGAAGUUUUAGUUGGUGAUACGUGAUAGAAGACAUCCAAGCUCAAAUUGUUCGUUUUCAAGAAUGUCACUUUUGAGAGUUAAUGUCAAUUUUAAGUACUUUGCCUAAUGGAUAUC